GUUUUGAGAUCACUGAAUUUCAGAAAAGCAGUUUUGGAUGGAUCGCAGGAUCCGAAAGCACAGGCUUCGUUUUCUUUCUUGGCUCCGCCGAUCUCGUCCAGGUCCAAUCUCAUUUGUGAAGCAUUAUGCAUAUAAGGAUGUUAAGAAGGCAACAGAUGGUUUUAACAGGGUAAUAUAUGGCAAUUCCCAUGGGGCUGCUUACAAGGCCAGGCUUGAAGAUGGGGAGGUUGCUUUGGUAAAAGAAGCAACCGUUUUCAAUGAAAGAAAAGACUUCUUCUACCGGGAAGUUCAGUUCUUGGAGCGCUUGCAUCACCGCCAUCUUCUUCCUCUUAGGGGUUUUUCCACAGGACAUAAAAGGUUGCUGGUGUUUGACAAUAUCCAAAAUGGAAGCUUGAAGGAGCAUCUUAAUGAUCCUCUUAAGACUCCUUUGAAUUGGAAGACAAGGCUAGAGAUAGCCACAGGGGUGGCUGCAGCAUUGGAAUAUUUGCUUCUCUUCAGUAACCCACCAGUUUAUCAUGUGUCCAUAAACUCAAGUAAUAUCAUGUUUGAUGAAAACUUUACCGCAAAGCUUUCUGAUGUUGGGCUUCUUAGUUCUGUUGGGAAUUAUGUAAAUGUUCCUCAUUCAUCCUGUUCAGAAGAAUGUAUGGGUGAGGAAUGUGGCAGCAUAAUCUUUCAGCUUGGGGUGCUAAUACUGGAGCUAAUCACCGGACAGUCAUCGGAGCAUGGAGGUCCUGAUCUGAUCCAAUGGGUCCAAGGAUCUCGCCUUGGAAGUUCCAUUCACAUGAUGAUAGACCCAGAUCUUGGAAAUAAUUAUGAUCACAGUGAGCUUAAAAAGCUUCUGGCUGUUGCAAGAUUAUGUAUUAAAUCAAAGAAUAACCCAACAUUUCCUAUUUCACAGGUAUUAAGGUAUCUCCAAAAGAAGGUAGUCAUUGCACAUGACUAGCGUCUGCAAAAUUGGAUUUUGACAAUUUUUUUUUUCUUCCUACUUUUUUGGUUUGUACAAAUUUCUUCAUAAUAACUUAUAUUGCAAUAAUUUUACAUUGAUUGAAAUUAAAAUUGAGUCAAUUCU